UUGCAUCGAGCCUAAUAUAUUGGGGUUGGGCAAAUAAUCACGCGUGGUACGUACGAUUCCCGUCUCCCAGUCUCCAGGUAUUUGAGCUCCACCGAGUGUUGCUAUAGACACUCCAUAAUUUGUGUUGUUCUUGUUUAGUCUUCCCCCUCACCCUUCUCCUUUCUCACAAUAUGCCUCCGGCUAGAAGCCUCCGCACGAGAGGUGCCAUGAACGAGAACGAUGAGAACGGGCCGUCGACGCGCCUGACCCGGGCCAAGGCUGCUGCCCUGUCGUCCGGUGACGCCCACACCACUGCCGCCGCCACCAAGAAACCCACCCUACAGACCAAGAAGGCUGCCACCGCCACCACUACCGGAACUACGAGACGACGUGCGGCUCUCGGAGAUGUGAGCAAUGUUGGCAAAACAGAGAAUGGCGAAGUCAAGGAGGCGAAGAAACCGGCUGCGACCAAAGCUCCCUUGGCACCCAAGAACAACCUGCCGACCGGAGGCGUUCAGAAACCCACCAAAACGAACCCUGCCCGCACCAACCCUGGAGUCAAGAGCGACACCGCGAAGAAGCAGCCCGCAGAACCGAAACGCCCUGGUAGCGGAUCUGGAAUUGGUGGAAACCAGCCGAGACGGACCACGACCCGCAACCUGCAACAGAAGGAGGCAGUGCCCGAGGAACCCCCAUUGAAGAAGGCCAAUGUCGAAAAGAAGGAAAAGAAGCCAGUGACCGAACAGGUUCGGGAUGAGAACGCCCAGGCACCUAUUGAUCCCAAGGUUCUGGAGAAGCCCAUUGAAGAUUUUGUGGAUGAUCUGGACGCCGAAGACCUCGACGACCCAUUGAUGGCCGCCGAAUACGUUGUUGAGAUCUUCGACUAUCUUGCAGUGCUUGAGGAGGAGACCUUGCCCAAUCCUGACUACAUCGACCAUCAGCCUGACUUGGAAUGGAAAAUGCGUGGUAUCCUGGUCGACUGGCUCAUUGAAGUUCACACUCGUUUCCGCCUACUCCCCGAAACCCUGUUCCUUGCUGUGAACAUUAUCGACCGUUUCUUGUCUGAGGAGGUGGUCGCCCUGGACCGUCUGCAAUUGGUAGGUGUCGCUGCUAUGUUUAUCGCAUCCAAGUAUGAGGAGGUCCUCUCGCCCCACGUCGCGAACUUCAGCCACAUCGCCGACGAGACCUUUUCGGAUAAGGAGAUCUUGGACGCUGAACGUCAUAUCCUCGCCACGCUGGAAUACAACAUGAGCUAUCCCAACCCGAUGAACUUCCUCCGCCGCAUUUCCAAAGCAGAUAGCUACGACAUUCAAACCCGUACUCUUGGAAAGUACCUCAUGGAAAUUAGCCUUUUGGAUCACCGAUUUAUGGAGUACCGCCAGAGCCAUGUUGCGGCCGCUGCAAUGUACCUGGCUCGUCUUAUCCUCGCUCGGGGGCCUUGGGACGCCACCUUGGCUCAUUAUGCUGGAUACACGGAAGAGGAAAUCGACCCUGUCUUCCGGUUGAUGAUCGAUUACCUUCACAGACCCGUGUCCCACGAUGCGUUCUUCAAGAAAUAUGCUAGCAAGAAGUUCUUGAAGGCAUCCAUCCUUACCCGGCAAUGGGCGAAGAAGUACCACCACCUUUACAUUACCAGCUCUCUGUCAGAACCCUACCACUUCAUUCAAGAAAAGGAGUAAGAAGAGCGUCUCCUCGUGACGAUACUAAACCGGCAUCCGACAAAACGACCCACAAUAGGAGUUGGUUGAUCCAUAUGAUGGUAUUUUAUUUCUGAUGGUAUAAGGGCACCUCUUGCAUAUGUUUACGACGGCAUUUUCCUGUUUUCGCUUGCGGAUGUUUGCAUUGUUCGCUUCAAGGGUGUCUGGCGCUUUUCUCCUCUGCCUUGUGUUCGAGUUUCUCUCUAGUUUCUUCGGCUUGUUUUUUGGUCGUGUCCUGGGCUG